CUUCACUCCCCCUUACUUGGUAUCGGUGGACUUCUCUUAUGGCGACUAGACAUAUGUAAGGACAUAUGCCGUCGAGGUCUUGAAAGCAAAAAUUCUAGAAUUCUGCAAAAUAUAUUAUCAGGUCCGACUCUCGAGCCGCCGCUUGGAUGUCUUGGUUAUAAACCCCAUUGUGCCCAGAUGCGCGCUCGUAUAAUGAUCCCGAAAUUGAGACCAGAAAAAGCAAAACACACUCGAUCUGCGUUGAAAUGCUACCAAUGCGCUCCUCGAUUCUGGGAUCUAUCCAACGUUUGCCUUUCUUUAGCGUGCUAUGCUUAGCUGAAGGGGAGGAUCUAAUGUCACACAAACGAGCUGACUAGAGAGUGACGGCCGGUUUGCCACCUACCAUUGGAGGAGAGUACUGACAUUAUCUGUCCUGGUGCAUCUUUUGACUCUCUGAAUUGACUAGACUCGGCUCACUGCAUCUCUCUUUCUCACCAUGGAUCUUGAUAGCAUCAAUGAUCAAAGGCGGAUACAGGUGAACCGCCCUGGAGAUGUCGAGUAUGCGCCAAAGGGCCUUGUGGCUCCUAAGUACAUGGGUACUGUCAGAGAUCAACGCGACAUGAGUUCUUUGGGACGAAUUCAGGUCCUUAGGAGAAACUUCAGAUUUGUCUCAAUCCUUGGGUUUGGCUGCACGCUGAUUUCCACAUGGGAAGUCAUAUUGACCUUCCUAUCCAGUGGCCUGACUGAUGGGGGCACUGCGGGAUUGAUAUGGGGGUUUAUCAUCGUCACGGCUGGCUUCGCUCUAGUCUUUGCCAGUAUAGCCGAGAUGGCAUCUAUGUCCCCAACAUCGGGAGGUCAGUAUCACUGGGUAUCAGAAUUUGCUCCUCGUAGGGGACAGAAUUUCUUGAGCUAUAUAACAGGAUGGCUUUGUGCGAUGGGAUGGCAGUGUGCCAUUGUCGCCAUUGCAUAUCUCGCAGGCACAAUCAUUCAAGGUUUGAUUGUGCUAAAUAAUCCGACAUAUGUCUUCGAACGGUGGCACGGUACCUUACUCGUGAUAGCCAUCACUGCCUUCUCCAUCCUAUUCAAUACCUUCCUGGCCAAGAAUCUUCCCAUGGUCGAGGGUUUGAUCCUCAUCAUCCAUGUGGUUGGUUUAUUUGCUAUUAUUAUCCCAUUGUGGGUACUUGCGCCUCGCAACAGUCCCAAAGCUGUUUUUACCGAUUUCAACGAUGGAGGUGGAUGGGGAAGUGCCGGCACAGCUACCUUGGUUGGCUUGUCCACCACUAUCACCUCCAUGAUCGGAUUCGAUUGCUCUGUUCAUAUGUCUGAAGAAAUCAAAGAUGCAUCAGAGACGCUUCCUAAGGCCAUGAUGGCUGCGGUUGGUGUCAAUGGCCUCCUUGGUUUCAUCAUGAUAAUUACGCUAAGCUUCACUCUGGGCGAUGUUAACAACAUCCUGAGCAGUCCAACCGGCUUUCCGUUUAUCCAGAUAUUUUAUAACACCACCAAUAGCUACGCAGCCACGAAUACCAUGACGGCUAUACUAGUGAUCACACUGACAGCUAGCACGAUCACCGAGGUAGCCACGGCAUCUCGCCAGCUUUGGUCUUUUGCACGAGACCAAGGACUUCCAUUUUCGUCCUUCUUUGCCUAUGUUACUCCCGGUUGGAACAUACCUCUGAACUCCGUCCUGGUCUCACUCGUCGUUACCGUUCUCUUAAGCCUCAUCAACAUCGGGUCCAAUUUAGCUUUGAACGCCAUAAUGUCUCUGACAAUUACCUCUCUCAUGUCAGCCUACGUCCUCUCGAUCGGCUGUGUUCUGUUGAAGCGACUACGUGGGGAAGUGCUGCCAGCGCGGCGGUGGUCGCUCGGCCGUUUCGGCAUGGCCAUCAACAUUGCUAGUCUAGCAUUUCUACUACCGAUAUUUAUCUUUUCAUUCUUCCCACUGACAAAGACCGUGACCACGCAGAGUAUGAAUUGGAGUGUGGUUAUGUAUGUGGCCGUGGUUGGGUUUGCGUCGGCCUAUUACUUCUUCCGGGGAAGGUAUCAGUUUGUUGCACCCGUGGUGUUGGUCAGGAGGGACUUUGACCUGAGCGAUAUAUAAUGAGGCUGCGUAUUGACAAUAGAGUGCUUCCUUUUAUUCAUACGCUGACUUUCUAAUCCAAUUAGCACUAAAUUCUAUAGUAGCAUAUACACAAUAAAACAACCAUCCCAACAGUGAUCCCAAUCAGUCACAACCCCCAAAUCUACACACAUCAAAAAUAGAACACCAAAGAACCAAAAAAAUAAACUCAAACACCCCAACCCCACUCGAGUCCCACCUGACAAACGCCAUCCCAAAACGAGAAGGCAAACAAAAAGCGGCCCAGUCAGGAUAAACCCCGGAAGUUGGGUAUCCAUUCUUCCCGCGGACACAUCCUGCACGACCAAUCCGAAACUAUCCCUCAGAUGUCAGAUACUCCCGCCCCCAUGUCUGCUGGAGAUUAUUUGGUCGCGGGGAAUUCUCUGACAGUGUGUCAUGGGGCAAGGGUGCAUUCCGCUUCAGACCUUGAAACGCGU